GCAGAAUCUAAUUUACCAAACCCUUCCUAUUCUUCUGCGUGGUUCCGUCUAAAACCCACACCUAAAAAUCGCGCGUACCUGUCACGUUAGCAUUCACAAGCUACCUUUCAUCCCUCUCCUUGCUUCUUCUCUUCCUUCUCUGCAACUCAUUCUCACACAGCUUUUGCUAAUAUGCGCUAUAUGUGUAUAGAGCAGUGACGAUUUCGGAUCUUUCAAAAUCAGUGAGGGAAAGAAAAUGGCGAAUUGGAUCUCCUCGAAACUCAGAGUCGCUGAGACCUUCUUUGAACAGAUUGAUCAGCAAGCGGCGGAGUCGCUGAAGAAGAACGAGAAUCCGUCGCGAUCUGAUGAUAGAAAAUUUCAUGUACCUACAAAAACAGGAGGAGGAGGUGGUGGUGGUGGAACGGUGUCGUUGAAGGAGCAGUUGAAGAAGAAAACAACUCAUGAAACUAUCAAUAGUAAUACCCAUGAGUAUUUUGGAAAAUUGAACACUGAUACUAACAAUAUCGGUGAUUUUAGUAAUGUUAGUAGUAAUAGCAAUGGAGGAGAGAAAGAGAUUGCAAAUGCCCCAAAACCUUUUGUAAAAGCUAGGUCUACACUUACUGAUAGUGACUGGACUGAGCUUCUGAGUACUCCAACUCAGGCCACAACUUCAUCUUCUUCGAAUCGCAGUAAUGGGGUAUCUGUAAUUCGAGGGUUGAGGAAGGAUGGUGGUAGGAGGCAGGGGAGUCCUGGCUCAAAUUUCUCAGUGCUAGAGGGGAAGAUGAAUCUGAAGAGUAGCGGAGGAGUUAAGUCUAAGAAGAGAUUGGAUGUUGCACUUGGAAAUAGGUUAAAUGGGAAACCAAGUGAUGAGGAAGAGUCUACAUCUUCUGCAAGGUCUUCGAGUGUUGAAUUGCAUAGUGAUGCAAAGAAUUUGGAUAGGGAAGAUCUGGAUCAUAAGGACAUUGUUGUUGAUCUCAUGGAAAAACAGAGCAAUAAGGGAUAUGAGAAAAAAGGGGGGCUGGGGCUUACUGAAUCUAGGAAUAUAUCUGAAGAGAAUAUUUUACAAGGGGGAAAGGGUGAUUCUUCGGAAAUGUCUUGUGUGUCAGAGAAAGUGGGUGAGGCAUCUGAUGUCAAGAAGGGAGUGAGCAAUGUUUAUGAUAGACUGAGAAACACAGUAAAGGGGAAGCAUCGAUCUGGCAGUGCAUCUAGAAGUGCUGCCUCUGAUGAUUUGAAGAAAGGUUCUUCAACAAGUGAUGAAGGGUCUGAUUCAGACAGUGAUUCAGUGUCAACAUCUGAUUCCGAGAAUGAACAAGAGAGGGAGAUGAGAGAGAAAAUUUUGGCUCAGAAGGCUGCGGCUAAAGCUUUGGAGGUAAUCAAAGAGCGGGAGAAUAUGGUUGCCAGAUUAGAAGGAGAGAAACAAAGCUUGGAGAAAAUACUUGAAGAACGAGCAAAACAGCAAGCACAGGAGGCUUCAGAGCUUCAGAAAACCAUGAUGGAGACAAUGCAGGCUGUUGAGUUGGAAAAGCAGAAACAUAAUAAUACAAGAAUGGAAGCCCUAGCUCGAUUGGUUAAACUGGAGACUGCAACUGCUGAUCUUGCAAGAUCCCUUGCUACUGCAGAGAAGAAUCUUGAGAUGGAGAUUAAUCGGGUCGCAGAACUUCGACGACAACUUGAGUUGAAAGAAGUGGCUCAUGAAGAGCUUAGGAGGAAGGUCUCCAAGACUCAUCAAACUGGGACAUAUUUAGGCCAAGGAGCAGCUUCUAAAGGACUUGAAUUUGAAAGGGAUAUACUUGAAGCAGAGUACUCCUUUUUAACCGAUAAAAUUGGGAGAUUGGAAGAUAAGGCAAAGAAACUAGAAGCAAAUAUUGAAAUGACAAAGAAGGAUCUAGAGGAUCCAACAGAAGUAGAGGUUGAGCUUAAGAGAAGACUUGCUCAGUUGACUGACCAUUUAAUUCAGAAACAAGCCCAGGUUGAGGCACUCUCCUCAGAGAAGGCAACCCUUUUAUUCAGAAUAGAGGCAGUUUCAAGGUUGCUUGAGGAAAACAGGUCGAUUUCAAGGGACGUGGAAUCAGGUACAUGGGAAAUCCCCAAGUCAAAGUUGAGGCCUCUAUUGGAGGACAAAAUUCGAUCAGGAAGUGAACAUCUGGGAUCCCUGCUUCUGCAGUUGGAUGCAAUUUUCGUGGCCGGUGCAGUGUUUGUAAGGAGAAAUCCAACUGCAAAGUUAUGGUCACUGGUUUACUUGGUAUGCCUACACUUUUGGGUGAUUUACAUUCUUUUAACACAUUCACAAGGCUCAGAUGAGAGCAGAUCUGGUGCUGUUAUAUCCUUGGAAAACAUCAACAACACCGCAGCUAUGUAAUUUUUGUCUAUGGUAUUCUUUUACACCAAUUUCUUUUUGCCUCAGCUUCUAAGAGUUGUGCAUUGCCCUGGGGUGUAAUUUCUGUAGCUCCCACCCUAACGUCUAAUAAAAACAAAGCAUUAAAACGAUUGUAACUAAUUUGUAUAUUAAGAGAGUAAUAUAAUCUAUUCUAUUUCCUUUUAAUCA